CAAUAAAAUUGAAAAAACCGAAAAUAAAAUUGAGAAAAACUCAUCCCAAAAACAUGGAAACUGUGGAUAAGAAACCAAAAGAUUUAAAAGACGAAGUGCCAGCAGCAGACGACACAGAAAAGGUUACCAAAAGUGAAAGUUUCAAUGAGCCAGCAAGUUCCGAAGAAAUUGAGGAGCCUGCUAGCAAACGCACGAAAUUGUCUGAUGUUGGGGAAGAGGCAGCAGCAGAGAAAAGUGAAAAGACGAUAACAACCUCAACGGCGGCAGAUGAAUCACAACAGGAUGAUUUGGUUACGUCCACUGUGGGUCUGAGACGUUUUAAACGCAUUCCCAUAUUUAUUGUAGACUAUCACAAUGAUGUGUUGGAAUUUAUUUAUCGCUGUUUGGCCAGCAGACAUUUGCCCUUGGAAAAUAAUACUCUGCUGCAUUUUGAUUCACACCCCGAUAUGGUAAUCUCACGUGAAAUACCAGCCAGUGCUGCCUAUGACAAAGAGACCAUGCUGGCAGAAUUGAGUAUAGAGAAUUGGAUUAUGCCGGCCUGUUAUGCUGGACACUUUAAUCGUGUUGUCUGGGUGAAAAACUCUUGGUGCAAUCAAAUGCCAGUGGGCAAGUAUAAUUUUAAAGUUGGUCAUAAAGAGGAUAAAAUAAGUGUGGACUGUUGUUUGGACUAUUUUAUAUCGGAGGGAAAUUACUGUCAAACCACUGAGUUGGAACAGGCCCGUGACUUGGAGCUGCAAGUGGUAAAUGCCGAUACCGAGAAAGUGCCCAAUCCUAAAGAACUUUUAGCAGCUGAAGAUGCCUCUAACUAUAUAUUGGACAUAGAUUUAGAUUUCUUUAGCACUUCCAAUCCAUUUUUGGAAAUCUAUAAAGAUGCCAAUUGCUAUAUGCAGCUUAGCGACAUAUUCCAUUUUGAAAGUGCCACAGAGGCAAAUGUUAUCGGCACUACGGAAAAGAGAAAACUACAAUUGGAAGCUUUAAAGGGUAUUUUUGAAUACUUGGAGGAAAAAAGAACCUUUGAGGGCAUAGAAAAACCCGAUACUGACAUAGUAUCACAGGAAGUUUUUGAGAAAAUUGAAAAACUGGCAGACUCUUUGCAGAAAGUUUACGCAGACGAUGAAAUCGAUUGGUUACUGAUAUUUGAUUCUGGCAGCACUACUGACACUAAUGGCCUUCCCCAUCAUAUUAGCAGCGAAGUUGAGCUAAAUUUAUACUACGCACAAUUCAAAGAGUUCCUUAAAAACUUACCCCAUCCUCCGCUUUUAGUAACAAUGGCCUGUUCGGCCGAAGAUGACUACUGUCCCCGUAAUCAGGUGUCCUCUAUACAGGAAAAAGUUGUGGAAAUUCUUCAAGAAGUAUUUGGAGAUAAAAUACACGAGAAACCCAUAUUACAUUACAUGGACGAUGAAUGGGAUGUCAUGAAGUUGUAAAGGUGCUAGAGAAGAAUGAGAAAGAAGCUGGUGCUUGAUAGUAAUGAUGGAACGAAACAAGAAGAUGGAACGUUUAGAAGAAGGAGUAUUUAUACUUGUAGUGUUUUUCUUUUUUAAAUUAGUACUUAUUUUAAGUUAUAAAAUUUAUAAAAUUUUAUGCAAUUACGUACAUACAGACAUACAUAUAUAUUUAAACAUAAAAAAGAAAUCAAAUAUAAUUUGAUUGCAAGACAGCUGCAGAGCUAAGAGAAUUAACAA